GACAGUUGAUUAACGGUCAACGGUGUUGACCGUCCAAACAAACGAUUAAACCACGCUCCAGACCAAUUCUGUCUAUAUGCUGUAUAGUUUAGGCCAGAAUGUUAAUUUCUCAAACCACAGGUCAAAGUUGAUUACAUAGUCAUAGUUCAGACCAUAAUAAGGUAUUAACUGAAUAACCUAUAUCCUAAUAAUAUGUAUGUAUAUUUCUCUGAUUUUCUAACCUUCCUACUGCAACAAACACGUGGCAGCCCCAAAUAACGUGCAAGUCCAAGCAAUCCUAGGCCCAGAAACCUCAAUGCAGGCCAACUUCCUGAUCCAGCAGCGAGAAAAAGCCUCCAUCACCUCAUUCUCCAAAUUAAGCCCAACCGUCGCUUCCAUGGACAGCCCGUACUACUUCGGCGGCGCCACUCAAAGGGACUCGACUCAAGUCAACGCCACCGCCGCCAUCGCCAAAUCCGUCGGCCGGCAACAGUGCAUCCCGAUCAACGUCGACAACGCCUUCCGCCAAUGCACCGUCCCUUCCUCAGUCAACUCCCUCCAAGCCGUCGACGCCUGCAUCCCUCACCGCAGCGCCAUUUUCCACUCGUCUUAUGGAGUUGUGUAUGUAAAUGGGAACGGAGCUAGAGUUGCUGGGUUUUGGACACCUGGCAAAAUGCCGGCUAAAGAACUGAUGAAGUCGUCGACGUCAGUAACAAAUUCGACGUCGUGGGAGAGCCGGAGGACGGCGGUAUGGAAGGGUGAUCGAGCAAUGGCUCCGAACGGGAAGAAGCUGAGAAUCGGAGUCCCCGUGAGAGACGGAUUCAGCGAGUUUGCUUCUUCUGUGACUACCGAUCCCGAGACCAACAAGACGAACGUGAUCAUUGGCUACUCCAUUGAUAUCUUCGAAGCCAUUGUCCAAACGCUGCCGUAUGCGCUUCCCCUUGACUAUGACGACCUUCUCUAUCAGGUCUUUUCAAGGCAUCUCGACGACGUGGUAGGGGACACUGAAAUCAUCGCUAAAAGGUCAACGUACGUCGACCACAACACAGAAUCAGGAGUUUCGAUGGUGGUGCCGCCGGUGAAGCCAAAUGGAAGCAAGAAUCCGUGGCUGUUCUUGAAGCCAUUGACGUCGAAUCUUUGGCUCAUCGUGUUCUUCCUCUUACUCUUUAUUGGGUUCGUGGUGUGGGUAUUCGAGCACAGGAUGAUCAGUGAAGAUUUCAGAGGGUCGCCUUCACACGAAGCUGGCACCAGCAUACGGCUCUCCUUAUCCACCAUGGUCUUCGCUCACAGAGAAAACGUGGCGAGCAACCUGGCGAGGACGGUGGUGAUAAUAUUGUGCUUUGUGGUGCUGAUCAUGACGAUGAGUUACACCGCCAGCCUCACGAGCCUUCGAACUAUGGAAGGGCUGCAGCCGACGGUGGCAGUCCUGAACGUAGCUGAGAGAGACAAGAUUUCCAAAGUAGAAGCAAGAAUUGGAAAGAAGAGGUGGUGGCUGGAGGAAUCUAGUACCUCGGUUUAUUCAAAGAACCAGCUUGGGCUAAGCAACUUCUGGGGAUUGCUUCUGAUUACUGGAGUGGCUACAGUUUCAUCACUCUGUAUUUUUGCCGCCGUGUCCAUUUACAAGCACCGGAAGCUUCUGGUGCCCGAAGAAGACGAUUCGCAAUCAAACCCUUCCUUCUGGAGAAGAAUUCUGAAUCCGUUCACGAUCUGCUACAAGAUAAAUCCCACAUGCCAUACUUCCAGGGACGACAGAGUUGGUACUGAGGUUCAUCUUGCCAACAUGAAUGCGAUUACUCCCUCCACGUUUCCUGUUCGCAUGGACUUUUCCAUGGAUACACCUCAAUCGCCUACUCCGCUGAUAGAAUCUCUGUGGAUUCAACCCACAGACCUACUCCGCUGAUAGAAGCUUCGUCAGAGUUGCAUGACAACACAGUAGCUUAGGCAGGUGCGAUGAACAUAGAUUCGCAUCCGAAUUCCAAUAGAGCAGGACACAUUGUUGAUGCUAACACUAAUGAUUAUGAGACACCAAGAAAGAUCGUAUGAUGAC